AACUUUAGGUUUUGUUACCUCACAUACACAUAUAUAAAUGUUGUGAGGUAUAUAGGUCUGAAUGUCUUGGCACACACUGGUUUGCACAAACCCGUGCUGAGAUGCCACAGUGAACCUCCUCACACAGAAGGCAAGUCAACUGAAAAAAAUCGGUGUUGACAGCAGCUCUCCUCUGUGAGGAACAGGGUAGUAGCAGUAGCUAGAGAGUGAGUUGAGGGAGGGGGGAGUGAGAGUCUGAGAGAGAGGGAGAGGGAGAGAGACUUGUGCACUGAGUUCCAGCCUCAGCCUCUAUUGUGGUAAGCAGGCAAGGGAAGGCGUAUAAGGAGCGGGCUUUAAACCCACAGGCGCAACACUGGUAACCGCUGUAGAGACCCUCGAAAUCGGAGGACAAGGCAACAUGGAGGAGGACAUGGAUGAGGGACAGACCCAGAAGGGAUGUAUGGAGUGUUGUCUGAAAUGUCUAGGGGGCAUCCCUUAUCCAUCCCUGAUUGCCACCAUCCUGCUAUAUGCUGGGGUGGCGCUGUUCUGUGGAUGUGGACAUGAAGCUCUUUCUGGAACGGUCACCAUCCUCCAGAACUACUUUGAGGUGAUCAGGGCACCUGGAGAUGCCUUGGAUGUCUUUACAAUCAUUGACAUUAUCAAGUACGUGAUCUACGGCAUUGCCUCUGCAUUCUUUGUGUAUGGCAUUCUCCUGAUGGUAGAAGGCUUCUUCACCAGUGGAGCGAUCAAGGACUUGUAUGGAGACUUCAAGAUCACCACCUGUGGACGCUGUGUCAGUGCAUGGUUCAUCAUGCUGACAUACAUCUUCAUGUUGGCUUGGCUGGGUGUGACAGCAUUCACCUCUUUGCCUGUCUUCGUGUAUUUCAACAUCUGGACCAUUUGCCAAAACUCGACUGCCCUGGUGGGAGCAAGUUUAUGUUUUGACCCACGCCAGUUUGGUGUUGUGCCCAUUGGAGAGAAGAGGACUGUAUGUGUAGGAACAGAGAUGUUCAGCAAAAUGUGUGGAUCAAAUGAGCUGGAUAUGACAUUCCAUCUGUUUGUCUGUGCACUGGCUGGGGCUGGAGCAGCUGUUAUUGCAAUGAUCCACUACCUGAUGGUGCUGUCUGCCAACUGGGCCUAUGUGAAGGACGCAUGUAAAAUGCAGAAAUACGAGGACUGCAAGUCCAAGGAGGAGCAGGAGCUGCAUGACAUCCAUUCUACGCGCUCCAAGGAACGGCUCAAUGCCUACACAUAAGACAGGAAGCAGCGGUGAGGGCGAGAGGACCCACAGUGCCUUCACUUCCUGUUGAUGGGAGUUUUGGCACUGGUGCAGUCCAGGUGGUGUGUCAUAUGACCAACCCCAUGGCCAACCCAUUACCUCUCGCACAAACAUUAUUAUUAUUAUUAUUAUUAUUAUUAUUAUGUGUUAGUGCUGUAGUAUUGUAUAGGUUUUUUCACAUUAUUGUUUUUUUUUUUUUUUUUCUUUUUUAAGAAAUUGUGCAGUUCCUUUUUUCCACCACAUACUAAACUUUUUGAAUACAUUUAUCUUUUUGGACAACAUUUUUCAUCAAAACUGUACAUGAAUCAUUCUUAUGUAGAGGGUCGGUUUUGGGGUUUAAAAAAGCACAUUUUUCAUGUGUAUUUGUCUCUUAAGGUGUCAUUAUAAAAGACUUAAAACAUGAACAUUUUUUUUUUUUUUUUUUUUGGUUAAAAGAUAAAUAAUUAUCUGUCUUUCUCUCUCCCUCUCUCUCUCUGUGUCUCUCUCUAUCUCCCUCUCUUUCUCUCCUUCUUUUUUAAUAAUUAGAAGGUAAAAAGCCCGAAACCAGCAGAUGGCUUGUUCAUUUUGCUAUAUUUUGGUAAAAGAAAACAAACAAACAAAAAAAAAAAAAAAAAAAAAAAAAAAACUAAA